AUGGGAUCUCGUGUCAAUGUCUGCUCCGUUAUUACCCUCGAUAAUCCCGGAAAAUUUACUGACCGAUUUACGCUUGAGAUAACCUUUGAAGCAUUUCAACGAUUGCCGCACGAUCUUGAGUGGGAAUUAGUCUACGUAGGAUCAGGAGAAUCAACAGACUACGAUCAAAUCCUCGAUUCUGUUCUUGUCGGUCCAACUGAAGAAGGCAAGCACAAGUUCAACUUCACGGCUGAUGCCCCUAACCCCGAGAAAAUCCCUGUAAAUGAUAUUGUUGGUGUGUCAGUUCUACUCCUCAAAUGUAGAUAUAACGAACAAGAGUUCUUAAAUCUAGGAUGGUUUGUUUCUAAUGAAUACCCCGAGGAAGAAGUUGAGCUCAAAGAGAAUCCUCCUAGUAAACCAGUUGUUGAAAAGCUUAAAAGAACCGUCCAAUCCGAAGACAUACGAGUAACCUCUUUCCCCAUCAAGUGGGAUGAUCAAGACGUUGAAGAAGUCCCACCUCAAGUAGAAGAGGAAGAAGAACAGGUAGAUGAAGAAGAUCUCAUGCCUUUGGAAGAUAAUGAAGAAGGAGAGGAUGCUGAUGAUGAGGAUGAUGAAGAAGAUGAAAACAAUGACGGUGUUGUUGAUUUGGAAAGCAUGGACACAGAAGUUGUAGCUGAUGAUGCCGAAGCUGAAGGAGAAAUGGAUGGAGAGUCUCGAGAAGAAAAACCACAAGAAGAGAAAUAUGAAGAAAAAGCUCAAGAUGAGCAGAUCCCCCGUGUCAAUCAAAAGCCCCUCACUACCAUCAAUUAA